GCACAGCUGUUUUUGGCAACGUGCAGAAUGUCGCUGGCGACUUGAAAGUGACAAAGGCAGCAAAUAGAUUGGCGUCUAUGAGUCGUUUAUUUAUUGUUUAUUUUCUGUGGGAUUAACGUAGUUAUAAUCAUUGUCCAACUGAUGUCUUAAGCCGUGAAUCAAGACUGUUGGUAAAAAUUGCCGUUUUGGUGUAAAAUGAAAGACAUAAAGGCUGGGAAGAAGAUAAGGAUCGAAGACGUAAAGGCCUUAUUAAGUAGAGCUGUUCACAUUAAGGACAAAAAUCAUGUCGAGGAGAUGGUCAACAGGAUUAUCAGUGAUGGGAAGGAUAAGUUGCAGGUAAUACUUGAUUUUGACCAAACACUGACAAAACAACAUGUCAAUGGAAAUCGAUGUCUCACAAGUUUUGGUAUCUUUGGAGAGUGCAAGCAGUUGCCUAGUAGUUAUAAAGCAGAUUCCAGUGCUCUUUACAGAUAUUAUCGAGCACUGGAGAUUGAUCCAAAGUUGACCAGAGAACAGAAAAUGGAAUACAUGUUGGAAUGGUAUAUCAAAGCUCAGGAUCUCCUGAGAGGUUAUGACUUUGACUGUCAAGAGAUUCAUGAAGUUGUUGCACAGACUAGAGUUCCUCUCAGGGAUGGCUCCGACAUGAUGCUUAAAGCAUUGGAUGAAGCAAGUAUACCAGUAUUAGUUUUCUCAGCUGGUCUGGGAGACAUAGUUUCUGCCAUCCUCAAGUACCAUGGGGCACUUCGAAAAAAUGUACAAGUUAUAUCCAAUUUUCUUAAUUGGGAAGGCUCACAGCUGAAUGGCUUCAAGGGGAAUGUUAUACAUGCGUAUAACAAAAAUGAACAUGCCAUUGAAAACAGUGAUUAUUUCCAGCUGGUCACAAACCGUCCAAAUGUCAUAUUAAUGGGUGAUGUCGUAGGAGAUGCAGGUAUGGCAGAGGGCGUGCACUGUCCAAAUGCAAUACUGAAAAUAGGUUUUCUGUAUGACAAGGUUGACGAGUGCUUAGAAGAAUAUUUAAAUCAUUUUGACAUUGUUCUUGUAGACGACCAGACUAUGAAUGUAAUGAAUGCUUUGCUACAACUUAUUAUUUAACAAAGUAUGUGCUGUGAACUUUUUAACUUUUUUUACCCUCAUGACAUGAAGCUUUAACUGCACAAAAUAGUGAGAUUUUUCCUUUUUCUUGUAUAUAUUAAACUAAAGUUAAAUGUCAGCUGUGACUGACUUUCUAAAAGUCUGUAAUAAAUAUUUUUAUUUUCCUUAAUGCUUGUUUUCUGACAAUUUCAUUGAUGCUAGAACACACACCAUGAACACUAAAAGUAACAUCCAAGUGUAGUAAGUUAAAACAAAAAUUUAAAUACUUGAGUGGUACAAAAUGUAACUAAUGAGCAAAUCAAGCAUAGCUUGAUAAUGACAGCAUAUGAACAAAGUACAUGGUAAUUGGCAGAAACGGUCAAAGUAUAUUUAAUUUGCAGUUGUACCUUUUCACCAUUGUGAAGGCACCUAGUUACUUUUGGCAGUUACUGAACUGCAUGCAAGGACAGAUAAAAUACUGUAAAGCUACACCUCCUAGGGCAAUUAUCGCAAUAUGAAUGCAUUUAAUUUUUGAAUAAACUCACCAGCCACUUGAAUGGCCUGAUACAGGAUGGCAUAUCUUCCAACACUGUGUUUUGUUAUGAGUUAUAUACAUUGUAAUCCUUGGUUACCCCUAGAAUUUUUCACCAUACUGCAGCUUCCAGUGCUAAAUUAGCUAUUCCAGGGUGCCUUAGUGAGUAUCAUUCAGCAGAUAAAAUAUUUUCUACCAACUUAUUCACCUCUUCACUGCAUACUUUACCUAUCUGGUUUCAAUCAAUCUUUUUUAUUGUCACUUUCUAACAGUUCCUUCUUAUCUGGUCCCCCCCCCCCCCCCAUAUAACCACAAGAAUGAUUUUUAAAGAAUGUCUUUCUCAGUUUUGCUUAUCCUUAACAUAAAUUUGGCACCAAGUAACCAGUGCAUUCUGUGCAAGAUUAAAUAUACUUUUCUUCCAUAGAUCCUUCUUUUCUUCCAUAGAUCCUUGAUCCUCAAGGAUGUAGAAUACGGUACAAUGCAAGAAUACUUCAUUCUUUAAUGCCUAUUUCACUUCCUUAUAUCAUAAGUGAAAGAUUCUCGUGAAUGUGGAAUAAGUCGGAAAUCUGUCACAAAUAUGUAAAUGUACAUACAAUAAACCUCAUUGUUUGAUAUUAAUAAAUUCGUCCUUGGCGUGGGAAUGCCACCUAACAAGUCCUUGAAGCUGUGCUUAAAUUGAACUGUAUUCAGGUAAGUUUUGGAAAAUGUGUGUUGCUAAAUAAUGGACACCUUUCUGGACCAAAGUAAAUAAACGCUUUAAAUCUU